GUAAGGGCUGUAAUAACUCUCCCCGGCAGCAGGGGGCUCAGGUCGGAUAGAGGCUUAAGGAAAGAGACAGGAGUUGGCGCCGAAGAGGAAAUUCAAAACACUUCUGUUGUGGAUGUUCUGAUUAUCUGUGUAGUGUUUACUGACCGGCAAACGUCUCUACGAGAUACAGGAUCUAUUCAAUCUAGUAUUAGUAGCUCUCAGUCAUGGGUGUGAACGAUCUGUGGUCGAUCCUGAGUCCAGUGCAGGAAUCCGUCCCGCUGUACAGUCUCACGGGGAAAACUCUGGCUGUGGAUCUCAGCCUGUGGAUCUGUGAGGCCCAGCACGUCCAGGGCAUGAUGGGGAAAGUCACAAAACCCCACCUACGCAAUUUGUUUUUCCGCGCCUCGUCCCUCCUUCGGAUGGGCAUCAAGCUGGUUUUUGUGAUGGAAGGAGAAGCUCCCAAGAUCAAGGCCGAGACUAUGAGCAAGAGAACAGAGAUGGGGUUCCGUGGAAGCAAAACCAAAAGCGUCUCAAAACCAGGAACGGUCAAAAACACCAGCAGGGGGCGAUUUAAAGCUGUGCUCAGAGAGUGUUCUGAUAUGUUAGACUAUUUGGGAAUCCCAUGGGUGUCUGCAGCGGGCGAGGCAGAGGCCAUGUGUGCAUUUUUGGACGCGCAGGGUUUGGUGGACGGCUGCAUCACGAGUGAUGGCGACGCUUUUCUGUACGGCGCACAAACCGUCUACAGAAACUUCAACAUGAACACAAAGGACCCUCAGAUAGACUGCUAUAAGAUGUCCAGAAUAAAGACGGAGCUGCAAAUGAAGCGAGAGACACUCGUGGGCCUGGCCGUGCUCCUCGGCUGUGACUACAUUCCUAAAGGUGUUCCAGGCAUCGGGAAAGAACAAGCUCUUAAAUUUAUACAGAAUUUAAAAGACACGACUCUUCUCCAAAAAUUCAGUGAUUGGAGGAAAUCCACUUACGAUGUUCAGGAGUUUCCUGUGAAGAAGGUCACCCACUGUCUGGUGUGCCGUCACCCUGGUUCUGCUAAAGCUCACGAGCGCAGUGGCUGUGUGUUCUGCGGCAGCGAGAAAUUCUGCCAGCCUCAAGACUAUGACUCGCAGUGUCCCUGUGACUGGCACCGCACCGAGCACGCUCGCCAGGCCUCCUCGGUCGAAACCAUCAUCAAAAAGAAAACUCUGGCCUGUGACAUGUUCCCUUUUACAGAGAUCAUCAAUGAAUUUCUGGUUCCGAAGGACAAACCUGUUAACGGUUUUAGAAGACGGAAACCCAACCUCCUCCUCAUGCAGAAUUUUGCUCUGGACAAGAUGGAGUGGCCCAAACAUUACACCAGUGAGAAAGUUCUUGCUCUGAUGACCUACGCCGAGCUCAUGAACAGAAAUCAAGGGACACAAUCGUCAACUCAGAUACAACCCAUUCGAAUACACAAGCGACGCGUAAGGAACGGUGUCUCCUGCUUCGAAAUCGUCUGGAGGAAACCAGAUCAUUACGUGUUUCCUGAGGACGGCCCUCAGGACCAGUCGGACGUAGUGAGCACCGUGGAAGAGGAAAACCUGUUCACCGUAGCUUUCCCAGACAUUGUCCAGCUCUUCCACAAGGAAACAGCCGAGGCCAAGGACAACAAGUUGAAAAAAAAGAAACCGAAAGCAGAAAAAGAGAAGGCGGCUGUUUCCUCUGACAGAGUCACGGAUCUUUUUGCGCAGAUGUCACUCAAAAGUUCAUGUCUCGAACCCGUCAAAUCCUCAGAAAAAGGCUUAGAGACGACCCCAGUUCUAGAGAGUGAUCUUGACCAUUGUUCCAUUGUUCCUCCAUCAAAUCUCACUGUACACUCUCACGAAAUCCGGUCAGCCUCCGAGGUCUCUCCUUCCUCACAGCUUGCGUUCCCCUGCCAUACAGGAGCAUCAUCUCAAGCCCAGACAUCCCUUUCAGUAUCUGUAGUGAUUAAUGAGCUUCACUUGAGCAGCAUAGACUGGGAUGCUCAGUCCUUCACUGCUGCUCCAUCUCCUCAGACUCAACACCAUAAAUCCGAUCUACAACCGGCGAACAGAUCAGACGAAGGAACCGAAACGCGACGCUCAUCUAAUGAAGCGCAGUCGGAUUGUGUGGAAUUGUGUCGAAGUUCACUGAUGGAAAGGGUCCGCUUAAGGAACACGGUAAAGUGUUCUGGCUCUGGGAAUAAUGAAGAGAAGGAAUCAGUUGCUUUAAGUUCAGAGCACAAGCCAUUAUCCGAGAAUCCUAAAGUACCUCUUCUGCCACUGUACCAAAAAUCAAAGCUAAGCAGAAUCACAGCUCUUGAUUCAAAGCAGCCCAAAGUGUCUGUUCCUGUCCUGGACCCGGUCCCGGUCCGGGCUCCACCAAAAUACAAAUUUUCCAAGGUGAAACAAUUGAGCAGACCGUCCAACGAUUCAAAUACAGAAAGAGUGUGGAAGACGAGCGUUUGUCGAAGACAAGAAUCUUCCGGCGAUGAGAGUGAGGUGGAGAAUCGGCCGUUAACCAGUCAGAACCAACGCAAACUAAAAACCAUCAACAAACCUAAAUCAGGGAUUCAGGCACAAAAACAUAUUACACAGGACAGAUGCAACGAGUGGACAAAUUCUGUAGACACACACCAUGUGGCAGAUUCCACAACGCCUAAAAAACAACCGCACAUCACGCGAACAAAUCCUCUCAAACAUACGCCCACAAAAAACGCUGAUGAUGACGACGACGACGAUGAUGACGAUGCAUCGAUUUGUAGCCCUUUGCCACUUGCUGAGAGGCUGAAACUGAAACUUAACAAAUAAAUAAAUGUUUUUUAUUCGUUCAAUUCAACUGAUUUUUAGUAAAUUCUUCAUCAUUUUUAA